AGCUCGAGGAGAAGGGGGAGAAGCGCAGGAAGCCAGGGAAUGCUCUCUACCUCCUCCUCCUCGCAAAUCUCGGCGUCUACGCGCUGGAUCACUGGCUGGAGGUAUGAAGCUGCUCUACCUCUAUCACAAUUCCCCGCGCUGGUACCAAUUCAUCACCGCGACCUUCUGCCAUGGAAACUGGGGCCACAUUUCCAGCAAUCUCUUCUUCCUCUACAUGUUUGGCAAGCUCGUGGAGGAAGAAGAGGGGGGAUUUGGGCUGUGGGCGUCUUACAUUGUGACCGGGGUUGGAGCAAAUCUUCUCUCCUGGCUGCUCCUCCCUGGAAACGUUGUGUCGAUCGGAGCCUCUGGAGCGGUGUUUGGAUUGUUCGCGAUCAGCGUUCUUGUCAAGCUGAGCUGGGAUUGGAGAAAGCUGCUCGAGGUGUUGGUGUUGGGACAAUUUGUUGUGAACAAGGUGGUGGAAGAGACUCAAAUGCUGCAAGCUGCGUCGAGUGUGAAUCACGUAGCACACUGCGCUGGAGCAAUGGUUGGCGUGCUGCUCAUCUGGGCUCUAAGCAAAAUUCCAGCUCAAAAACACGACCAUUGAUCUAUUUUUUGUAUGUUCACAUCCAACGGCUCUGCUUCUUUUAGUUUACACCAUUAAAGACCAUUUUUACGUAUAAAGUUGAUAAUUUAGUGAAAAUGGAGGGCGGAGCGGUAUGCAAUUUGGUUGAUUGU